UCGCAGACAUAAUCUAUCAGAGAGAGGAAGAGGAGUUGAAACAUGUGAUACAUUUUACAGAAGAAUCUCAACAACAGAUGGCUCUAGAUAUUUUGCGGGCUGUACACAAUACAGGAUGUACAAUGGAAGCACGUUCUAUUGCUAGUUGUGUGAAAAAUGAAGCUUCUAGAUAUUCCAAAAAAUCAUCAAAUAAAGACAAAGGAAAGAAAAAGAAGGAAAAAAAGAUGAAAGUGACGGGGACAAGGCAUGCAUUUAAACUGGUGACAGAACCUCUCAUGUUUGGGAAGGCAGUAGCCAUGAUAUUUGACCAUAUUGAUCCAUAUAUAACAUCACACUUUCUUGUGAUAGCAAACUGUUCUUCAGCUGAGAAGUUUUUGGAAAUGAAGAUCUAUUACAAAGGGAAAUGGUCUCGAGAAUUCAUACACUACAAUGAAAGUCAAGAGAACCCUUACAAUAUACGGCCAUGUCAGUUGUAUCAGGGAUACAGAAUCAACAAUGCAGACAUCAUUCACUUCUAUUGUUCACACAGGUUAAUUGAAAUAUAUGAUCAAGAUGGUUCAAUGAUUGAAACUGUACAUCAAAAUGAUACCAUUGGACAUGGAGUUCUACUACAAAGGAGCAUUUACAAGAAACAAGUUUACCCACUGAUAAUAAAAGACCAACUUAUAGCUAUCAGCCAGGAGAAAAGACUGUGGUGCUGGAGGGAUGGAGAAGAAUUCUACAGUCCUGACAUAAAGGAGGCCACCUCAGUAGCAGCCUUUGGGGACAUUUUUAUUGUUCUAAUGGACAAGAAGACUCAGUUUGUGGCAGCUCAUCAGCUCCGAAUUCUCAACAUUAAUAUCACAAAAUCCUGUCAAAGUGACUUGAAGCUGAAGAUAGGAGAAAGCAGACAGGAGAUAGAGCAGAGCUUUAAAACUGUCCAGGUGUUAUCUACACAGACAGUCACCAGGGACGGUGGCACUUACCUGUGGUGUAUAGCAGCCUUAGACAGAACCUUAGUGUGUCUGGAAGUACCCUCUGAUAUCUCAAAGUGCACAGAGGUCACUGUUUUCCUGACCUUGACCCUGGCAGGUUAUCCAGUGGAGGCCUACUUCAUCAGUACGUCGGUGGGAUUUCUCGUGACCUUCACCCAGCACAAUGCCCAGUCUGAGGCCUAUAUAGAACACCUCUGUCACUACAGCUUUGAUGGUAGACUCCUGGGGGUACUCCCAUGUCUGGGCCCCGGACCCAGAUCCUUCUGCCACGCCCACCUCCCAGGAGACCCUGAGGGAGGGAGUGGAGGACUGUACCUGUACAUGAGGGAUGGUCACAAUGGAAUUAUGGGAAUUCAGUUGAAUGACUAUUAUCCACAUUUACUUUCAUAGAUAUACUAGUCCUGGAAUCUGUUUCUGACAAAGUUUCUGACUUUUGCAAACAUCAUCAUUUUAGAAGUCUCUGAUGAGACUGUAAAUCAACUGGUUAAACUUAUAAUGAAGGAAGAGAAGUGGAACUUUUGAACUUGAAACUUGCAACAGUAAUAAAUUUUAAAAAUGAUCA